GACAGAGACGAGAAGAGUCCGAGCCUAGGGUUUCACCGUUCAAGUAAAGUUAGGGCUCCGGUUGCCGUGAUGUCGCUAUCUGUCUAUUGUUGGCGCUUCUCUAGUCCGUUCUCCGGUGUGAUGGAUGUCAUCGACGAACGAUCCAUGAUGGUUUCCUAGCUCUGCGUGGUUAACUGGUACAAGUUUUAUCAUCUUUCUCCUUGUCGCCUCCCCUUCUUUUCAAAUUUGCUUUGCAUCUUGUGGUUUGAAUUUCUGCACGUUUCCUUCUUUGUCAAAGGACUAAUUCUCUUAUUUGUCUCAUGAUCUCUAUCGAUCUUUGACUCAAAAAUGGGCUUAGUGGGUGGAAAAGGGGUAUCAUAAUCUCUCACUUUGUUGCUUCAUCAACGUAAAUUUGAACGGUUAUUGAUAAAAUGUUUUGGCUGCUUUGUUCCAGAAUCACAAGUUGGUUUGUUGUGUAUGUACAAUGCUAAUUUGAGUGUGUCCUAGGAUCUAAUAGCGAGACUGCCUUGUUAGUUUGCUGAUUUCUGUCUCAUAAGAAUACUUUAAUUUGCCAAGUAUGCUCCUUAUAGUUUAUCCGUUUGAUCAGGGAUAAACUAGGAUUUCAAGUCGAGGGGUGGGGAGAUUUUUUUUCAAACCAAAUAAUACUACAAAAAUGUCAAAUAAAUUUAUUAUCAUAAACGCACACGACGUAUUUGAGAUUAAUGAAAUCGCUCAAAAUAGCAUCUACGCUAAUAGUAUCGAUUAUAUCUCGUUCAAUAUAUUAUUGGCAAAACCUCGAAAGUUUUGGCUAUACAAGAAAAUGAGAACAUCUACGUCUGUUUCGUAUUCUCGGCCGACAUUUUUUGCGGCUUUUAAUUAUUAAAACCAAUAAAAUCUAUAGUUACCUAAGUAACGUAUGAAACUAAGAAGGAUAAAAAGAAACAAAAAGGAAAAUGGAACAUCUACGCCUAUUUCUAAAUCCUAACUUAGCAACCCAAUUUUCCCUUAUGAAUUUGUCUGCUCCCUUCUUUCUUUUGAUCUUUUCCCUUUCGCAGGUCACCUUCUUUUCCAACAAUGAGGCAAUUAGCUAUACAUCUACUCCUAAAUAAAGAAUAACCCCAGUCAACUCCAUCAAGAAAUUGACUACUUUUACUUACUUUUAAAUAUUGGAGGGUGUUGUAUUUGUUUGGUUGUAUUUUGUAAUUGGCCUUUUAUACCCGUGAGAGCUGUCGAAGGGUAUAAAUAGUGAUGGCCGAAUUGCAUCUGCUGUAACCCUAGCGGUAGCAACUACGAAACCUCUGCAUAGUGAUUUUUAUCUCGAGAGCCAUGCUCUCCGUGGAUUAGUCUCGGUUCCCCGGGGAUACCACGUAACUUCGUGUGUCGUUUACUUUCCGCAAUCUCCUCCUUUACAUGGUAUCAGAGCUAUACAAUUCAGACCUCGCGUUUUGAUCUAUCAUGGGUUCGAAGGAUGAGUCAUCUGGCGGCGACACACAGGUCGGCUCCUUGAGCACCGAUGUCAUUCCGAUCAGCUCUCCUCUUUACCUUCACCCGUCUGAAAAUCCUGCCCAUAUUUUUGGCAGCGAGUUAUUGAAUGAUCUGAAUUACGGUGAGUGGGUCAAUGACCUCACCGAAACCCUCAUUGCCAAGAACAAGCUCGCGUUUGUUGAUGGCUCCCUUCCCCGCUCCCAGACCGGCUCUGCACGUCACCAGGAAGCUUGGGAUCGUUGUGAUGCCACCGUGAAAGGGUGGUUGAAGUCUGCAGUGACUCGCGAGGUGCGUAACAGCGUACGGAUGGCGACCACUGCCCAUGCCAUCUGGCCCAAUCUCCAACGCCGUUUUAGUCGCGGCUCAGCUCAACGGGCAUAUGAGCUUCGGCGCAUGAUUGCUUCCUUGCGCCAAGAGAAUUUGUAUGUUUCGGCAUUCUAUACGAAACUUCGUUCUUGGUGGGACGAAAUGGACGCAGUUGGCGGUUUCCUCAAUGUGCGUGUAGUGGUUGCUCUUGCAGUGGUUGUCGCUGCAAUCUCCCAGCUCAAUAUCAAGCCAGACUUGAGACGGAACGACUGUUUGACUUCUUACUCGGCCUGGACGAUGCUUAUUUUGUCGUUCGGUCGCAAAUCCUUAGCACCAAGCCAAUUCCUAUGCUCGCUGAGGCCUAUCAGAUCGUUUCGGCUGCGGAGCAGCAUCGGUUGAUCACUGGGGGGCGACGUCCGGUUGUUGAAACGGCGGCAUUCCAGGUGCAGUCGGACAAGGAACCAAAAGAGGAUCGUGACAAACCUCGCUGUUCGCAUUGCAACAAGUUGGGACACCUGCGGGAGACUUGCUACAGACUCAUUGGAUUCCCGCCUGGUCACCCGCGUGCGCGACAAGGGGAUGAGAAGAACACCAGUACGCGUCGUUCGAGGGCUGCUCAUGUUGAGCCUGAAGCUCCUGCCGAGCGUGCGAGCCCUCUUCCUGGACUAACUGCAGCUCAAUUUGCUCAGUUGAAGCUAUUUUUGUCCACUUCGUCUCCUGAGACAUCGUCUGAACCUUCGAUAGCUCUCACGGGUAUAAAAGGCCAAUUACAAAAUACUACCCAAACAAAUACAACUAACAAAGACACCCUCCAAUAUUAAAAUGUACCACUAAGGUAUGAUUAUUUAUUUGAAAGAUUUGUACGCUAACUGUUUUAUGGCCGGUUCUAUAUCGGUUAUCCGAUAAACCUUGCACUUCUCACUUAUCUAGAUCGCUGACCGGUCCGAUUUUGACAACACUGUCUGGUGUGGAAGUCCCCCUUUGAUUUCCAUUACAAGAGUGCAUAUGAGAGAAAUAUUUGAAUGAAUACUCAAUAAUUGUUUUGUGUGCUUACCAGAAAACUAUGGUUAUUGUAUUUAUACCCUUAAUAUACAUUUUGCACAAUGUCUCCUUUCCUAUUUUUCAGAUUCUGUAGUCACUGGCGAGAUGUUCAGUGGGAGGUAUAGUGUUUACUAUAAUGCAUGCGAUUUUGUACCGAUUCAACAUUGUCCGAGUACGAUAUCUCACCAAAGGUCGAUGGAUCAUCGUCUUCACGUGAGAUCACCACAUUUGAAAGAGACUUCGAUAUUAGUGGUGAUGAGUUACAAAGCGUGAUCAUAGAUGAACCUUUCCGUCUGGUCAACCCCAGACCAGCGACAAUGUUGUUGUAUAUGCCUUGAUUAUUAAGUUCUACCUAUUAUGUCGUGCUCCUUUCUGCUUUAGAAUACUUUUGUACUCGGUAGAAUUGGUGGCUUUUGGGCUUGUUCUGUUUGCGAAUAUGAUCUAUGUUUAUCAAAGCUAAAACAAUUGCUCACAAUCUCAGGUAUGUCCAUAGUUAUGAGCUUUCAUGCUUCCUUAUGUUCUUAAAGCCUUCUCGAGCCAAACUAUACAUUAUAAAAGAGCAAUAUACACUACAGGAAAAUGCACCUUUCAUCACGGUAUUUCCCGUGACGAAACAGCCAUUUCCCGUUACUGAAGGAUUUAGUCACGGUAUAUUCCCGUGACAAGCAUGUCCGUUAUUGAAUAUCAAUGAUCACGGGAAUUCCUGUGAUAUCUAAUAAACAAUAACGGGAAUAUUCCCAUGACAAAUGAUCUAUACUAUCACGGUGAUUCCCGUAACUAAGUAUUUAACACGGGAACAAUACCGUGAUGAAAGUAUAAACUAGCCACGGUAUUUCCUGUGACAAAUUGAGUUAUUUCAUAUUUGGCACGGGAUUUCGUCCAAAAGUCACGGAAAUGCUAGGCCGGUGUCCAUGCUAAAGUAAUGGGUUUUGUCUCAACCAUCACGGGAAACCCGUGAUGUUAGUUCUUAUUAGUAACAGUAAAAUCUCGUUAUAGAUAGUUGCUGCUAGUCACGGGAAUCCCGUGAUGGAUACUUUUCUCUAGUCACGGAAGAAUUCUGUUAUUGUUAUUAAACAUUUAGUCACGGGAAAGUUUCACAACUAGUCACAGGGAACACUGUAAUUGAUAGUAGCUAAAAGUAACCUGGAUAACCUGCAAUAGUUACGGAUUGAAGCUUCGCUUGAAACAAUUAAGAAGACUUAUCAAUAUACAUAUCAUUCACUCGUCAACGUUAGUUUACAAUUAAGAAAUCUAUUCUUGAAGC